GUGACCAAAUAAUUGAAAAGUAAACUACACGUAUAAUGCGUCAUUCGUUCCAUCGCAUGCUACGCUAAUCACUCCGUUGGUAUCAAUUCUCUUUCACUAUCGGCAAUCAUAGCGAGAAGUAGCUGCUAGCUAAUCAUCGGAACUGGAACUUCAGCCUCAUAAAUACUCCGCUUAUAUACUCGUAUACACAGAUUUCUGAACAUGCAGCCUGUUACUAUAAUGGAGAAUAGACCCUCGCGGGCUGGCUAUUCUGAAAACAACCGUGCAGGUGCCGCCACCUGUACAGCGGUGUUUAUGAUUGUAUACGCCAUAGGUUCGGCAGUGUGUGGAGCCAUUGACUUCGUCCCACGUGGAGUAUCUUCAAUCUCGCUCUUCCAGAUUUUCGCUUUCGCUCAAGGUGGUCUGUACCUUUUGACUGCAUUAUUUGGUCUUGGGACAAUCUGCAGAUACACAUGCAUGAUUGCGUUUUUCUUGAUGGCUUGCAUCCUGUCGGCAUUUGCUAGUCUUGGAGCACUUGGAUGUUACUGCUAUCUAAUUUACAUCUUUGUGGUAUUUGGCUCUUUUGAGAACUGUCAAGAAGCUUGUUUGUAUCACACCGUCCCAGUGUGUGUGUUGGCUCUGCUUAGCAUCAUGGCGUUUAUCAGUGCUCUCGUUGGUUCUAUUUAUUGUUUCAUUGGUACGUCCUCCUCCCCUCCACCCUCUACAUCGGUGGUAACCCAGCCCCAUACUGUGUACGCCCCGCCUCCUCAAAAUCAAAAGGCUUACGCCUACUAAGUACUACCAACAAAUUGAACGUGCCUCCAUAAAGAGUACUUUUCAUUAUUCUUUUAUUGCAAGCUUGAACUUGGAUUUCAUUUGAAUUUCAAUUGUUUGAUCGGUGUAUCCAUGAAUCAUAUAAACAAAAGUUUAUAGCUCAUUUUCAUGACUUGAGUUUAAUAGGAUUAUUUAGACACCCUUUCGGGGCGUAAAAGGUCAAUAAUAAUGUCAUUACCAUUUCAAGGUGAAUUUAAUAUUACGUACAGUAUGAAAUAUGUCGAUAAACAGUACUAACUACUCACUAUCAGUAUAAACUACAGCAAACUCUGGAAUAACUUGCCACUUGAAGUCAGGAAAUCACCAUCUGUGAAUAUCUUUAAAUAAAAACUGAAAGCACAUCUUUUCAAUUAACUGUAAA